UCAGAUGGCCGGAAGGAGCUGAGAGAGAAGCCUAUACAGUAUAGGCUACACAUUGCAGAUUCGCAAUCGCAUGGACAUUGCAAUUGCUAUUCCAGAGGGACACCGACUGUACUUACGAGCACACACAACACUCACCAGUGAUGCUACCCCGCAACGAGAUUGAAAACUCCCGGUUUGAGUCACCUCGACUUUAGAAAUGGUGCAGAAAAAUGUUAACGGUGGGGUUUACCCAACUCAAGCCGGAGAGAAGAAGCACAAAGUCGGCUUUGUCGGAUUGGACCCCGGGGCUCCCGAAUCUAGCAGGGACGGGGCGCAGCUGAUUGCGGGCUCGGAAAGCACAAAGCGGACCAGUAUCCUAUGCAGACGGAGGUCCAGUGCCAUAAGAGGUGGGAGAACGCCGAAGAAAAACCCCAGCUAUAGGAAACUACAAAAUUUUCUAUAUAAUGCACUUGAAAGACCGCGGGGAUGGGCGUUUAUUUACCACGCUUAUGUCUUCCUGUUGGUGUUUUCCUGUCUCAUCCUCUCUGUUUUCGCUACCAUCAACGAGUUCAAGAACAGCUCUGAGACUGCCUUGUACAUUCUGGAAAUAGUGACCAUCGUGGUGUUUGGAGUUGAGUACAUUGUGAGGAUAUGGGCAGCGGGCUGCUGCUGUCGCUACAGAGGAUGGAGGGGAAGGCUGAAAUUUGCCCGCAAGCCUUUCUGUGUUAUCGACAUCAUGGUCUUGAUAGCAUCUGUGUCGGUGCUGGCUGCUGGCUCCCAGGGGAAUGUCUUCGCCACCUCUGCCAUCCGCAGUCUCCGCUUCUUGCAGAUCCUCCGCAUGCUGCGGAUGGACCGGCGCGGGGGCACCUGGAAACUUCUAGGAUCAGUGGUCUAUGCCCACAGCAAGGAACUUAUCACUGCUUGGUACAUAGGCUUUCUCUGUCUCAUCCUGGCUAGUUUCCUGGUGUACUCGGUCGAGAAAGAUGACAACGACAUGUUUGAGACCUAUGCUGAUGCCCUGUGGUGGGGGCUGAUCACCCUGACUACCAUAGGCUAUGGGGAUAAGUUCCCAAAGACCUGGAAUGGACGUCUGCUGGCUGCAAUGUUCAGUAUGAUAGGAGUGGCUUUCUUUGCGCUCCCAGCUGGUAUCCUGGGGUCUGGUUUUGCUCUGAAGGUCCAGGAGCAGCACAGACAGAAGCAUUUUGAGAAGCGACGCCAACCUGCUGCUGGUCUGAUACAGAAUGCUUGGCGAUUUUAUGCUACGAAUCUCGCUCGGACUGAUCUGCUGUCGACGUGGGAUUUUUAUGAGGAGAACGUUUCUCUCCCAAUGUACAGACUCAUACCCCCCCUCAAUCAACUGGACCUCCUGAGGAAUCUGAAGGCCAAAUCCUUCAGCAGGAAGGACUCUCAGACAGAAGCCUCCCCCAGUAUUGACCAUUCACACAAAGAUGACAUGCUUUGUGGGUGCUGCCCGAGAACCUAUAGCCGGAAGCCUAGCCUAAAGGACAAGGUGUAUCCUAGUCCUUCCAAAAUGGCUGGGGCCACAGGGAGGUCCCAGUCCCCUGGACCUGAAGACGGGGCAGAGGGAGGGCCGAGCUGGAGCUUCGCUGACCGGGCCCAAGGGGCCAUGCAUGCUUUCCGUGCAAGGGGCAGCACCUCGCGCCAAAACUCAGAGGAGGCUUGCCUCCCCGGGGAGGAUGUUGGGGGUGAUAAGAACUGCCACUGUGAAUUCCUUCAAGAUUUAUCUCCUGGGUUGAAGGUCACAAUUAGGGCAAUAAUCAUCAUGAGGUUUCUGGUGUCAAAGAGGAGGUUUAAGGAGAGCCUACGGCCAUACGACGUGAUGGAUGUGAUAGAGCAGUACUCCGCAGGCCACUUGGACAUGCUGAGUCGGAUUAAGCAACUACAGUCCAGAGUGGACCAGAUUGUUGGUAAAGGUCCUCCAGAUAAAGGUGCCAAAGGUGGCGGUGACGGGGAGAAAGAGGAGGAGGACCCCAGCAUGAUGGGACGUAUGAUGAAAGUGGAGAAACGGGUCGGCUCCAUGGACAGAAAGCUGGAUUUCCUGGUCAACAUGUACGUACAGCGCAUGGGCAUCCCGCGCUCCGAGACAGAGGCCUAUUUCAACUCCAAGGAAGCUUACCCGGCGCCCCCUUACAUUAGCCCCGAGGAUAGCAAGGAGGUGAAGCAGGAGGAGGAAAUGAAGGUGAAAGAGGAGGAGAAGAAGGAGAAGAGCUGUUCCGCUGCCGAGGUCCUGCGCUCCAUGGAGAAGAAGAAGUGCUCCCCGGAGCCCAGGUCUUUGGGAACGCCCUCCGGCAGCCGCAGCCGCCCCUGCACCUCCUGGGAGCACCAGCUGCAGCACCCUCUCAGCCAGCCCGCCUGGAACAGCAGUGUGGCCAACACCCCCUCACCUGUGGGGGGGGGCAGCGGAGAGCACUCCCCCUCCCUGUUCCGCCUGCCACCCCCUCCCCCGCCCAUCCACGAGCGCUCAUCUUCCGGGGCAGGAGGGAGCAGUAGCCGGGAGGGCUCCUCCCAGGGCAGGAAGCGCAACAGGAGGCAGAGGCGUCAGCCAGACGUGGCCCCACUGCCCACCGCGGAGAGUGACACGUCCCUGUCCAUCCCAUCAGUGGACCACGAGGAGCUGGAGCGCUCCUUCAGUGGGUUCAGCAUCUCCCAGGCCAAGGAGGACUUCUUUGGGGCAUCGUUCUUCAAUGGGGUGGCGGCAGAAACAGGGGCAUCUCUCUGCGCCAGGGUUAGACCCUUCAUUGCUGAGGGUGAAUCAGACACAGACUCUGACCUGUACACCCCUGGCGGCCCCUCGCCCCUCUCCUUCAGCGGUGAGGGGGCAGGGGGGUAUGGAGACAGAAUCUGGCCGCCUCUCAAGUAGGCUAGGAUCAAAAUAACUGGCCCCUAGUAUGAGCUGGGAUGGAUUGAGAUAUGAGGGGAGGAUCAAGAAGAUUGCCUAUGUUAACGCUUGUCACUGAAACUUUCACAAGCAGAAAAUGGCCCAAUUGAAUCUGUCUUGUGUGAUUGUAUGUGUAUGACCAUUGAGGUAUUCAGAGUUGUUUUAGAUAGGGUGUCCAAUCACCCAAAUGCUUGAGUUGAUGCUUUUCAUGUGAACUGAAACCGAUUUAAGUUAAAAGAUUAAUAUCUACUGCGCUUUCUGAACACUCUCAGUGAUUUCUCUGGACCAAAAAAUGUGGGGAGAUAUUGGAAGAUAUGUCAAUACAGUACAGUAGCCCAUCAGUAUAUCUACAGUACAAGUCACCUACUGUAUGUUUAAGUUAUGCUGAGCCUUCGAAAAUGAUCACUGCCUUGUUGGUUUUAUUCCAGUAUGACAUGAUUUUAUUAGAAUUGAAUUGUUGCUAAUGUUUUUCAUUAUGAGUAUGGCACUCGGUUAAAUCGGUGGCAUUAGUAUAUGAUUUAAUCAGGAAUUUCUGCGGCAAAUUCAGUAUAAUUCUAAAAGCCAAACUAUAAUGUGCUGAUGGGUUGUGUGCUGUGGUUUAUGUACUGUAGUCCUUGGUAGAAAACAUUAUCGCAAACAAAUAGAGAAUACUGUAAAUGCAGCUGCACAACCCUCCUUAAGCAUAUGGUCUUAUUAAACAUUGCGCUGACUCCUGGAAACGCAUGCCUUAAUGAGUUCUGCAAAGUAAUACACAACGUACAGUUCUACACUCUUAUUUAUUUAACCGCACGAUGACAGAGCGAGAUGACAAGAUUCACAUGACAUGAUUUUUAAGAGGAGUUGUUGUUGUAGAACAGAGACACAAGCUAGCAGGUAGGCUUUCUACUUUUGAGUUUUCAGCAAUAAUAUCUUACUGGUGUCUGUUAAAUAUGUCAAGUCAAUUUCUUAAUAAAAAAAAACUGCACGAAAAUAUUCAUAAUAAAUUAACUGCAUGGCAUGUACAACAGAAUAGUUGCUUUAGGUAGAAAAUGUAUGACUGUGGCAAGUAGGAACCAAACUAAAUUACAUUCCUCAACCAUUCCACAGAUGGUCGACAGAAAGUGGGCAGAACAGGAAAAUAAAACCAAGCAACAUUGCGUGACUGACUUCAACUGAAAUAUACACACUACCGUUCAAAAGUUUGGGGUCACUUACAAAUGUCCUUGUUUUUUAAAGAAAAGCACAUUUUUUGUCCAUUUAAAAUAACAUCAAAUUGAUCAGAAAUACAGUGUAGACAUUGUUAAUGUUGUAAAUGACUAUUGUAGCUGGAAACGGCAGAUUUUUUUUAUGGAAUAGGCGUACAGAGGGCCAUUAUCAGCAACCAUCACUCCUGUGUUCCAAUGGCACGUUGUGUUAGCU